UAAAAGUUGAAAUCUCCAUUUUAUCUUCCCAAAGGAUCAAAACGGCCGAGGAAGAAACGACCACACACAGCAAUGGCCGCGUCGACGUUGAGUUUGUCCUCUCUCCGGGCUGCCCUGCCUUCCAUUACCGCGUCUCCUUCGGGCCCAUCUGUGCAUUUUCCGAAUGUCAAGCUCCCUUCCGGGCUCAGACUGUCCAAGCCCAAAUCCGGCACGAUACCUCUCAAUGAAUUUGCGGGUCUCGCUCCUUUGCCCCCACUUUUGUCACCCUUUCUAGGUCAAGGUCUGACCACUUACGAGCACAGCUUCCCGUUAAUCAGCAAUGGCAGCCGGUUUUUCAACAUGAGGCAUGGCAGAAAGGUGCCGAAACUCAACAGGCCCCCCGACCAAAGGCGGGCCCUCUUACGUUGCUUGACUACUCAACUUCUCAAGUACGGGCGCAUCAAAACCACAAGAGCCCGAGCAAGUGCCAUGCGCAAAUAUGUCGAUAAAAUGAUCACACUGGCCAAGGAUGGCACUCUGCACAAGAGAAGGCAAGCCCUCGGCUUUAUUUAUGAGAAACAAAUAGUACACGCGUUAUUUGCUGAGGUUCAAGAGAGGUAUGGGGAAAGGGAAGGUGGAUAUACGAGGAUUAUCAGAACUCUGCCGAGAAGGGGUGACAAUGCCCCUAUGGCCUACAUCGAGCUUGGAGAUUUGGAUUCUCCAGCUGCUAAAUUCCUCCACCCGCUAAAUUCCUCCACCCAAAAUCCCAUCAAACCUUUCCUACACCCACCAGCUAAAAACCCAGUCUUGAAAUCUUCAAAUCGUUUGAACAGGAAAUUGGGCACCUCUUUCAUAAGAUCAUUGGCUGCCGUUUAUUCUCCCAAUCCCACUGAAAGACUUGACCGAGUUUUGCAGGAGAGCUUUGAAGCUGAAAGUCUUGAAGAAGCUCUAGCUCCCAAUCCCGUUAAUCUCGAGUUUGAAAAGCCGGAAAAUUGGACAGCUCCUUAUCUCAAGUAUGAAUUUGGGUGGUGUGACCCUUUUCUCCCAUCACAAACAUCCAAGGUAUGA